ACGAGGAUCCAAUCCAAUAUAAUCAGAAUUUAAUUACUUGAGAAUCGAGAUCGAACCCAAAUUAAACAAUACGUGGAUUUGAUCCUGUCCAGGCCGUUCAAAGCAUAACCCAAAUGUGGACUAUGAACCGCCGACCGGUUGAGAUUCCCUACUUCUACACUUGUCACUUUGACACCCCGGAUAGAUAAUCAAUCUAAUACUUUAGACAAUAUCGACAAAGUACGAGAAAUAUCCAUAAUUCAUACGUAAAAAAUAUUUUAAUUGAUAAUGCGUAUUUUGGAGUGUAAUGGAGGAAUUUUUUUUUAUGAACUAUGAAGUUAAACAUUCUUAUCAUGAAACACCGCAAGGAUGAGUGACCUCUUUGAAAGUCACCUUGAUGUGCACCCAUGACCAAAACCAUCUGUGUUUCAAAGGUAUAAAAUAUUUUAUUUGAAAAAAGGUUUGAGAUGUUACAAGUAAAACUUGUGCCUCUUGCCAUCCUCCCUCUUGGGCGAUGGGUUAGGCAAACCUCCACGUGGACGUUAAAUCCUUGAAGGGGCUGGUACGUAACACAUUAGACAAAUCUGACAUUAACAACUCACGAGAAAGAUUUAUGAUUCAAAAGCAAAAAAAUCGAUCUUAACCGACAAGACGUAUUUUAAAAUGAAAUGAAUGAAUUUUAAAAUAAAGUUAAAAGUACUCACGAUGAAGCACUGCAAUAAUAAGCAACCUUCCGAAAAGUCACAUUAAUAUAAGCUUCCUGUACAUAAACCGUGGCAAUCUACACCUAAAACCAACAAAUAAUUUUUUUCCAAUUAAUCCUCCCUUUUUAUCCGGGGAAAAAACGUAACCCUAAACUUAUGGAUAUAAAACGGAUAUUAUUGUUUUUUCUCUCUCACUUCCUCUCUUCUUCUAAUUUCUAUCACGCUAGCCAGCCAUCUCAAAGAGACGACAGACAGAGCAAACACACAGCGCCCCCGUUUACACCGUUCGUAAGUUCUCCCCGAAUCUUUUCUAUUUCCCCUGGAUCCGAAUUCAUCUGUUCAAUCGUCAGCGAGGGUUCUCGAUCCGAUCCGAACCCAGGAAAGGCAGCCAUGACUAGGCGCUGCUCCCACUGCAGCCACAAUGGCCACAACUCCAGGACUUGCCCCAACCGCGGGGUCAAGCUGUUCGGGGUCCGAUUGACCGACGGCUCGAUCCGGAAGAGUGCCAGUAUGGGCAAUUUGAGCCAUUACACUGGCUCGGCUAAUCCCGGCGGCGGUGGCGGUACGAACAUUUCCGGGCUGAACGCGCCCGGAUCGCCCGGCGGCGAUGACCACGAUCACGGCGGCGCCGGUGAUGGGUAUGCUUCUGAGGAUUUCGUUGCUGGGUCGUCCUCUAGCCGCGAAAGGAAGAAAGGUGUUCCAUGGACUGAAGAGGAGCAUAGAAUGUUUCUAUUAGGCUUGCAGAAGCUAGGGAAAGGUGAUUGGCGUGGAAUUGCACGAAAUUACGUUAUAUCAAGGACUCCCACUCAGGUGGCCAGUCAUGCUCAGAAGUAUUUCAUUAGGCAAAGUAAUGUAUCUAGGAGGAAAAGACGUUCCAGCCUUUUCGAUAUAGUUGCAGAUGAUGCUGCUGAUACAGAGAUGACAACUCAGGAGUUCUUGCCUAUCAGCAAUCCUGAUGCUGAAACCCAGGAGGAUGACGAUGUAGUCCCUGCUUUGCCUCCUCCCUCAGUGGAUGAAGAAUGUGAAUCAAUGGAGUCGUCCAACUCCAACGAGGGUGACAGCAGUAGCUCUCUCCCUCCGAAGCCUGAUCCCCUGCAACAGCAGCAGCAGCCACCUGUAUACCCAGUUAUGUACCCAACAUACUUCUCCCCGUUCAUCCCAUUCUCUCUCCCAUUUUGGCCGACUGGCUACAGUGCACUACCAGAGCAGCCUAAAAAGGAGGGGACCCACGAGAUUCUGAAGCCAACUGCUUUACAUACCAAAAACCCGAUCAAUGUCGACGAGCUCGUUGGCAUGUCGAAGCUGAGCCUAGGAGAGUCGAUGGGUAGUUCAGGGUCCUCCUCACUGUCAGUAAAACUGCUUGAGGGGUCAUCGUCAGGGCAAUCUGCCUUCCACGCCAAUCCAACAGCUAAUAACUCGAGCAGCAACCCUCUGAUACAUGCUGUAUGAUGGGAGGCUUCUGGCAGGUGACUGUAUAGAAAAGAAGGUAGUAGACUCGUGAUGUGCAGACUGGUUUUUGGUUAUGUUUAGUGAUUAUAUUGGUUUGUGGAGUGAUCUUUAAUAAGACUGUUGGGUUAAGUUAGGGUUUGACUGGUGUCUGAGUUGGUAGGUUCUUUGUAGUUUUUGUAGCAUUUGUGUUGGUGUAGAUGCUAGAGAAAUUAUUUGAAUCUUGACCUCUCAGUUAGUAGUGUUGCUUCUGGUUUUGUGAUCCCCUUCUUGCUCUUGGGGUCGGUUAGCAUGCUAACCCCCUUAGGGGUUGGAAAAAUGAUACCCCGAGGUAUUAAAUACAAUUACAUAAUUUAAUACAAACAUUAAAUACAC